AUGUCGGACAAGGAAACUUCCACCCUUCAGUCGUACCUUGACUCGGCCUCUGGCAUGAUUCAGAGCGCCGUUGGCUCCGUCACCGGCAACGCAGCUGACAAGAAGCAAGGCGAAGACAAGCGAGCCGAAGGCCAAGCAAAGAAAGAAGUCAGCGAAGCCGGCGCCAGCGUAGGCGGCGUCUCCGUCUCCGCCUCAGGCGUAGCGAAGAACGAUCCCCAGCGCGAGCAAGGCUCGUGGAACCAAACCAUUGGCUCGGCCAAGGAAGCCGUGGGCGGCCUGGUGGGCAACGAGAACCUCAAGCAAGCGGGCGAGAAGCAGAAUGCAGAGGGCAAGGCGCAGGAGGCGCAGGGCCAAUUGAGCGAUUUGGGCAAGGGGAUUGGUGAUCGUGUUGCUGGGACUGUUGGGGGGGCUGUUGCUGGUCUGACGGGCGAUCGGGCUGAGCAGGCGCGUCGGGAGGAGCAGCAUGAUACUGGCAAGACGCUGCAGAGAGGUGCUGAAGCUGAUAUUCAGAAGCAGCAGGAGGCGGCUAAGUGA